UGCAGUGAAGGAGCGCUGGAGAAAUAGCACCAAACAUAAACGCACUUGGCGAGGCAAGGUAAGCGACAAUUAUAGAGUCUGUCUGUGUCCGUCCCUCAAAAUGACUGCCGGGAACCAGCGCCGUCUCACAGUCGCACAGGGUAGUUGGUUUUAUGCAAGUUACUUAUGCUCUUGCGAUCAAGAAAUUCUUGUGUAACGUGCGUCAAGUCGACUCUCCAAGAUCACAUGCUUUUUCUGCAAACUGACAACAGUGCUGCACAUCGCAGCCGGAAAACACUGGCCAUAGGAGCAUUUGCCCUGCUGUCUCUGUGUGGAUACGUCAUUGGAGCGUGGGCACUGGUGUCUUCUGAUGCGCUACCGUUCAUGGUAUUUCCUGGACAAACACCUGAGAUUACAAUCGAGACCGCCCAUCUAUACUACAUUCUACCUUUCUGCCACGCGAUGUCUUACUUCAGCGGCUGCAUAACUUUCCUCGUCAUGGAAGACUUCAGGUACCGCAAAAUUACAAAGGUCAUGCAGGUGGCCGGCUGGUGCAUAGCUGCGAGCUGUGGACUUUGCUGCGUCUUCAUGAAGCUCGCCUGGUACAAGAGUCCGAAUCCUACCUCAAAAGCAGGAACAUUGAUCGUCGCAUUCUCUGACCGCGCCAUGUGGUCACUUUUUCUCGCUUGGAUCACUCUCACGUGCUCCUCAGGCCGAGGCGGCUUUGUGGGUCAGUUCCUGUCCUGGAAUCUUUUCGUGCCUCUUAGCAAGCUCUCAUUUGGCGUCUACCUCAUCCACCGGCCAUUCAUCGAGCUUCUGCUACACUCUUCCAGGGAGCGUCUCUCCUGGUCGGAUUUCAACCAGGUUACAAUGCUGUUCUCAGUGCUUGAUUGGAGCUUCAUCCUGUCCUACUUUUCGUACCUGGCCUGCGAGGCACCGACAGCAGUACUGGACAAGCUUGUUUUUAACAGGCUCACGGGACGUGGAAAAGCUCGGAAACAGAAGCAGCCAAACGAACUGAAGGAAUGCAGCGUGCGGUCAGAGAAGAAAAUGGACGACAUCAUAUCCUCGCGGUGCUAGCACUUUUUUUUUUCACUGUGCCCGCCGAUGUACCUGGACUUGCUCAUAUUGUGCACACCUAAACUUUGGAGGCGCAGACACUCGAGUAAACAGUAACUGUGAUACAUCCACUUCCCCGUCGGUUUCGUGUGUACCCGAGGGUGGCUCACUGAUGUGAUAUCUGCAUGCGUCAACGAUUAAUUACCUGUGAAACACUUCUGUUGACAUUAUGGUCAUCGGUUCGUGGUCAGCAAUUCGGCUCCAGUCGGACAUUCAGUCAGCGCCGCGAUGCAAUGACAGGCGGACGUCAGCGAUGGUCAUGUACCACAUGACGCUAUGUCUACAAAGAACUCAGCUUGCGCCAUGCGAGCUAGGCGGAGCUCACACGUUUACUGCUUUAAAAUCUUUAGCAGGCUAUAAAACGAAGUGUCACAAAACUCCGCUACUGUUCCCAGUGCACUGGUUUUGAUGCUGCUGAGCAGGGUUUAAUAUUGUAUUAGUGGUCUACAGCCUGCCUAUGCACCAAUGGAGCGCGAUAUAUUUCUCUGUUACCGGAGUUUUUUUUCUGCCGUGCACCAUUGGUAUUCCGACACGACUGAAGAUAAAAUAAGAGGCGAUUCUACGGCGCCUUCGUCUUGCGGUCCCACUCACCCCUAACGUUGUGGUAAGAUUGCGUCAACGAUCUUAAUAUUCCGAGGAACAGGCAAAAAAUACUUGCCUAUCCAAUCUGUCAUGGCGCACAAGAAUCAUUCCACGUAGCCCACCUACUUUGAGGUUCUCCUUGAACAAAAUACAUCAGAAGAAGACGCCUUCCUCGACCGCACGUCUCGCCUAGUGAUCUGCACAGCUUCCGAGCGUAGAUGUAUGGUCUUCACCAUAACUGGUUCCUCCCCGUCAUUGCGAAAUCUGGCGUGGGUUCCAUGUUGUAGGAGAUGGAGCCUAUAGAAAGUCCUGUGGCCGAUAUUAGAAUAAAGACGUUUUGUUUCUAC